ACCAAUUGUCUGCUUCGAAGGGUUGAUUGGCCACUGGGACCAAAGCUGUUUGCUCUGCUGGCUAUUCGAAGUUGCGUCGCCUUCGGACGUCACCCAAAGCACCUUAGACCCAAACUACACGAUGGCCAAGAGUCUGCGCUCCAAGAUCAAGCGAAAGUUCCGUACGGAGCUGCGCAAGCGCAUCGGCGUGCCGCACCAGGCGAUUCAGGAGGCCAAGAUCCAGGAAAACCUCAAGAAAGCCAUUGCAGCUCAGGGCACUGGCAAGUCGGUGGCAAGUCUCAAGAAGCUCAUGGGCGCCUCAGUGCCCGUAGCAAGCAGCGAGAUCACUGGAGUGGUGAAGGAACAGACCCCGGCGGAGGCUGAGGCCGCUCUACUGAACCAGGAGGCCGACGCUACCAUGGAGGACGUCAAGAAGGCUAAGAAGGACAAGAAGAAGACCAAGAAGCGGAAAUCCAAGUUUGUGCACUUCCACCAGCUGCGCAAGAAGGGCGUGUAAGCUCGACGAAAGCCUGGAAAUGACGCGCGACCAAAGGGCGAUCGAUUUGCAUCAGGGACGAGAAGUGGGUGCUAUCGGGCGCUGUUACUCUGUAAUCUGCUAUUAUCCAGUUUAUUUUAUGACUGUUAUCGUGUGCUAGUCGUCCCAGUCAGAAGCCUCUGUCGCUGGCUGAAACGCGACUUGUUUGUCGUAUUGAAAGCCUUCUUGGUCUGGGCGGAUAAUGUUUUGCUCGAAGACCAGGUCCAUCUUCUGCUUCACCUGCUUGAGCUGCAUCUCAGACACGCGGUUGUAGUCUGCCUGUGGUAGAAUGGGUGCCGACGUAGCUUCUUGAGCUGUGGUUUGAUGAUCAACAAGCCUCCGAACCAGGCGAACAAGCUGCGCU